AGUGUAUAAACAAUACAAUACCAAACAAACAGACAACUGUCCUGAGCAGAUCAAAACAUCGGAACGAGUGCUAUAAUUGGAGUCACACCGAAAGAUUCAGGUACGGUUUGCUUUUAUUAUCUUUCAAGUAUCUUUAUUAGGUCUCUGACUAGCGUUCCCAUUUACAGGUGUCGAGGAGUUAAAAUCAACAAUGAUGACGGGAUCAUCAUCCCCAGUUAACAGCAGCCCAUUGCUUCCUCAGGCCGAAAUCACCACGCCAUCACCGGCAAAGCAAUUCAACCAUUCCCGGACAUCCUCAGCAUCCAAGCCAAGGUCGGCCCCAAUCACACGAUCGAGUUCUUUGAGAUCAAAAACCAAGGGGAUCAAUUUUAAUCUAGCGGUGUCGCCCAUCUCAUCGCAUCCAAGUCCCUCCAAUGCAAACGGCCACAAGAGAAGUAGUUCGAUACUUUCCAAUACCCAAGUCCCAAGUCAACAGUCAUUGCCUCAGCUUCCAGAGAAUUCGCCUCUGAUUACAGUGCCUAACUCCCCAAUCCCAUCAGCGACCGAAGAACUCAAGUUUGAUGUGCCUUUGCCUCUGAGCGAACAUUUACAAACUCUUGAAAUUGAUGAUCAACUAAGGUUACUUGCUUUAAAAGAAAUGUCAGUAGUGGAAAUAAGAGAUAAUAUUAAUAAUUUGAAUAAUAAAUUGAACAGAAAUGAAAAGGAACUCCAUAGAUUAAGAGAGGUCAUUCAGAAGUCUUUGUACAGAGAAUUAAGCGGCCAAAACCUAACUGCUAAUGGCAGAGGGGUUAGGCAGAAUAGUAACCCUAGAGAUGAAGCUAUUGCAAGUACUAAGAUUGGCCCUAGAAGAAGAACUCUAUCAUCUACAUCUCCAAAUGCCGUGGUAAAUACUAGCACUAACGAUAAUAUCCCACUUGAUCCAAUCUCCAAACAGGACUCAGAAAGUAAACAUAAGUCUGCCUUAUGGUCUAAUUUAUCAAAACCUUUAAAUCUCAUUCAACAAUUCGACAACAUACUCACUCAGGAAUUUGAAAAAUCUUUAAUCCCGAGUCCUAAUUCCCAACAGUACUUCAACAAUAAAAAUCAGAACCAUGAUUAUACUCAUUCUAAUACUAGUGCUCAUCCACAUCCUCAAGCACAACCAUUUCAUUCAAGAAAACUCUCAUUAAGUAGCACUUCCACAGAUGGUAGAAAAAGACAUUCAGAGGAUUCAUUAUCCAGUACAAGUGCUAGUGCAAGCUCGAUUCCCUCACCUUUGAAAAGCAAAUCUGAUAAUCGAAGUAAAUCAAAUAUUGAUCUAGAUCAAUAUUUUCCUCCAGCUUCUGAUCCAAUACUAGCAGAAACAAUUAAGUCAAAAUCACGAAAUAGAACUUCAGAGGAUAUGUUGCAAUCUGUUAGCUCUUCGAUCUGGUCCUUUGUUAACGAUGUUAAAUCAAACGUUCUAUCUUCUUUAGGGGAAGACGAAGAAUCAAGUAAUCAAACAUCUAAUGAACUGACCGGACCAAAUAUUCGAACUGAGCCAAUGUAUAAUUUAGAGACUGGGUCUACAAUUAGCUUGGAUGAAACAUCUCCUGAUACAAAAUCAACAAUAAAGGCACCGUAUGAUAACAGUGACUACGCUAACAAUAAUGAUAAUAAUAAUAAUGAUGACGAUGACGAGGAAGUUGAUCUUACUAUGUACACUCUGUUGCGCAGAUCUGAACUGCUUAAAAGACGGUAACUGUCCUGUCAUAUUUUUGGUUUCUUUUCUAUUUUUUUUUCUUUUCUUAUUUUUUUUUUGGUUUUACU